AAGUGGAGUAAAUGGGAUCCCUGGAUACCUGUUAGCAACAGUUACUCAGGUGACCACAACAAACAAUGCCGGAAAACGCGAGGGUGACACUUUGCCACGGACCUUAUGAAUCCAAUGGAGUUGUUGCACACAGGAACUUCCGCCUGCAGGGUCUCCUGGCCACUCUGGGAGCGCGCGGGCACCAGUGCAUCUUGGCGGAGACGCUCGAGUGGAACGUGGUGGAGCUCGUGGUCAACGGGGAGUUGGUCUUCAGCUGUGACGUCAAGCAGCUGGAGUUUGGUGGAGAUGGACAACUGGACCAUGUUUGCACAGAAGCUGUUACUGCUGUGGAGAACGCUUACUGAAGAGAACUGAAAUAAAAAAAUUAAAAAAAUUAUUGUAUUC